GUACCGCCCAGUAAGUGCGAGCUCAGUGGUCAGAGCAACUCGUCUGAUUUGUGAAACAACUGUGGUUCAGUUGCUGAGAUGCUUGGACAAAAGCAGAAGGAGUUUGGAUCUAUGAGGAUGGAGGUGAUCUCCUUGAGCAUCUUUAUUAUGGCAGCUCUACAGAUUGGACUCAUUCAUUGCAUGGUUGGCUUCAGUACAUUUCGUGCUGCUGCCUACUCAAGAAAGCCAAACUUUAUCAUAAUCCUGGCUGAUGACAUCGGCUGGGGGGACCUUGGUGCAAAUUGGAGACCGACUCAAGAGACUCCAAACCUGGACAAGAUGGCAAAAGAGGGGAUCAGGUUUGAAGAUUUCCACGCAGCUGCCUCUACCUGCUCCCCAUCUCGUGCUUCGUUACUGACGGGGAGACUGGGGUUACGGAAUGGCGUCACCCACAAUUUUGCUGUAAGCUCAGCUGGUGGCCUCCCAUUGAAUGAGACUACAUUAGCCGAAGCUCUGAAACAAGCCAAUUACUCCACAGCGGCAAUCGGUAAAUGGCAUCUAGGACACCAUGGCCACUACCAUCCUAACUUCCGGGGUUUUGAUUAUUAUUUUGGGAUCCCUUACAGCAAUGACAUGGGUUGCACAGACGAGCCUGGGUACGAUCUACCUGCCUGCCCUCCAUGUCCCACGGAUUCUGUUGGGAAAAGCUGUAAACCCAAGCCAUGCUCGACACAUGUGGCUCUGCCUCUCCUCGAAAAUGACAACAUCGUGGAACAGCCAGUUAACCUCAGCAGCCUAACGGAGCGAUAUGCAGAAAGAGUUGUACGGUUCAUCCAUAAGGCCAGGGAGAAUCCACGUCCUUUCUUCCUGUACUUCGCCCCAGCACACAUGCACGUUCCCCUGCAUUGCAGUUCUCGAUUUGCCAAUACCUCCGCCCGUGGUCCAUAUGGAGACAGUCUGCGAGAGCUGGACUAUGUCAUCGGACAGAUUCUGGAGGCCGUCGAUACCGAUCGUCACAGAAACACACUUGUGUGGUUCACAGGUGACAACGGCCCCUGGUCUGAGAAAUGUGAGUUUUCUGGGAGUGUCGGUCCCUUUGUCGGGGCAUGGCAGAUGCAAAGAGGCGGAAGUUCUGCGAAAAAGACCACCUGGGAAGGUGGCCAUCGAGUGCCAGCGGUUGCCUAUUGGCCGGGAAGAAUCCCGGCUAACAGCACCAGCAGCGCAUUGCUGAGCACCUUGGAUGUAUUUUCUACCCUGAUCGCACUGGCGAAUGCAAGCUUGCCCUCAAACAGACGAUAUGACAGUUUGGAUAUAACAGAUGUCAUGCUUGGCCGAUCACAAGUUGGUCACAAGACCCUUUUCCAUCCUAACAGUGGUGCGGCUGGACAGAUUGGGGAUCUGCAGACCAUUCGUCUCGAGCAGUACAAGGCUUUCUAUCUCACGGGUGGUGCCCAAGCCUGCAGAGGUCCAAAGGGGCCUGAACAGAAUCACGAGCCGCCCCUGAUUUUCGAUCUGUCCUCCGAUGUUGCGGAGCUCCUGCCUUUGGAUCCCAAGAGCCCGGAAUACCAGGCUGUCAUGCCACAGGUGAAGGUGGCAUUGAGCGAACUCCUUCGGGACAUCUCCACGGAUAACACUUCCUUGGCAGACUAUUCCCAUGACCCGUCCGUGAUCUUGUGUUGUCAACCAAAGCACGUGGUGUGCAGGUGUGAGGACUGGCUACAGGGGGCUCAUGGAAAAGAGAGGAGAGUCUGAAAUUUCAGUGUAUUACGAAAGAACUGCUGCUGAAACAAACAAAUAACAGUGCGUGUGUGUGGUAAGUCUCAAAAUCGUUGAGUAUUGCUUAAUGUGUUUUCCAGAUCGAGCGAUCAGAUUGGGAAGUUUAAAUCUCACUCCCUACUCCAACUCACUCUGCUGCUGACAGCAAUGCCACAUUGACUAUAGCGAGACAGUCUUAUUUCCCACAUGUUAAGGCGCUAACCUGGGAUUAUCACAGCUGGGUUCAGCGAUGUGCUUCAGACUCACAAGGAAACAAGGCUGUCAUCUGGGCUCUCUACUUGUUUAACCUAUCCAAAUACCUAGCUCA